UUUUACACUCGUGCUCCCUGCAAUCAUGUGUGUGAAUGUAAACACAGCUGGUGAGGGUGGCGGUGGAAGUGCUGGUGUGGAGUGUGAUUCAAGAAAGCAGCAGACGGGAAGGAUGAGGAUGCAAUGAAGAAGUGUAUCCAGUGACUCACCAAUCCUUCCCUGAGAGGAAGACACUCCCGCACACAAAAUCAAUAGCAGCACCAGGAUUGUUUUCUGUUUGAUAUGUAAAGGAAAUUUAUUUAUGCUUCAACAGACUUAGAGAAAAAAUAUUUAAAUGCUUCUCACAAAAAAAAGGUAGAGAAGAAAAAAGAAAAGUUGAGUGAAAAAGUUUUUCAGUUCAUUUUGAGAAGUGUUGAGGUACUCCUCCUUUGAAGCAAACCAAGCCAUAGGAAGGUGAGAAAAUAACAGAAACAGGCCUAGAAUUCAGUUUAUGAGUGUAAGGGAUUUAAUUUUAUUAUUAUUUUUUUUUUUUUUUUUUUUUUUUAUGUAGGAGGGACGCUGGCCAAGGGCAACAAAAUUAAAAGAAAAAAGGCCCACUGUGCCAGUCCUCAAAAAGUCAGAAAUGAUUGUCAAUAAUUACAGGAUAAUUGUCUUGAAUCCUCUCUCUUGAAAGAAUUGAAGUCACAGGAAGGAGAAAAUAACAGAAGCAGGAAGGGAGUUCCUGACUUUACUAGAGAAAGGUGUGAAUGAUUGAGAUUACUGGUUAAUUCUUGCAUUAGAGAGGUGGACAGAAUAGGGCUUAAAAGUACAAAGUCUUAUGCAGCAAGACCACAGGAGGAGGGGAGGCAUGCAGUUAGCAAGAUCAAAAGAGGAGAUAGCAUGAAAAUAGCAGUAGAAGAUAGCAAGAGAUGCAACAUUGUGAUGAUGAGAGAGAGGCUGAAGACAGUUAGAGAAGAGUUCAUAAGACAAAAAGCUUUUGAUUCAACCCUGUCUAAAAGAGUGUUAUGAGUGGAGCCCCCAAAUGCAUGUGAAAGAGAGAAGGUACUGAUUAACUCUUGCAUUGAUAAAGUGGACAAAAUAGGUUGAAAUUAAGUAGUAGAAGAUCUGAUGCAGAGGCCAUGGGAAGAAGAGAGGGAGCCAAGGAUGUAGCAGGUUCAGAAGAGCAGUACCUCCUUAAACAUGCACACAGAAACAGAUGAUGGAGCAGUGACAUUGCUGGGCCCACCUUAGUAGAGACAUGUCAACUCAAGAGGGUGGAAUCUGUGCAUAAAUUAUGCAUGUAAUGUGGGAAACUGUAUGUCCUGUUAAUAAGAUGGAGGAAUAAGCAGGGAGGAAUGCAAGUGAAGGAUAAGAGAGAGGAAUGUGAGAAUAGUGACAAAAUGAGAGAGAAGAAAGAGGAGUCAAGAAGAAGAAAAGAGUAGUGUGUAUAUGUACAUAUGUGUAUACACAGGGCAACAAUGGAGGCAGCAUCAGGGGCGGUGGAGUUCCUCAGUGUGGAAUGUGACAUGAUCUUUGAGCCAGACUGUGAUCUGGAAACAGAGUGCCAGGUGGACAGUGAGCAGGAUGAGGAGCAGGCCAGGGAUGGGACCACCUCUCCCGCCUGCCUCUCCCCCUCCCCCAACCCCCCAGUGGCGCACACACCACUCUCAGUCAGUGAGCUGUUCAGGGGACGGAAUGUUGGGGUGUACAGCCGCAGCGACCCUGGGGACCCUUUUGUGUUGAUCUUUGACCCCACACUGCAGGCACCUGUUGAGAAUGGGGAGGCUGGGGAUGGUGGCAAGGGGAGGUGGAGCAGCCCUGAGGAGGACGGGGAGGAGGCCAAGAGCGACAGACAGGGUCGGGGGUGCCGGCGGCCAGCGCGGUGCAGCGUGUGCCACAAACAGUUCAGGACUCGCGGCUGCCUGGUGACCCACAGCCUCACCCAUGUGCAGCCGUCCACCGACCCACCACCGCCAUGCCCCGUGUGCAGUGCUGCCCUGCCGUCCCGUGCUGCACUCAAGAUACAUGUGCGGCGCCACUUCAGCAUGCAGACCUACCAGUGCCCAGGCUGCCCCCAGCGACACCUGACCCGCACCCAGCUCCUGGUGCACCAGCAGCUACACACCACCCAGCGGCACCACACCCCUACCACCCCCAGCCUGCCUUCCACCCCACUACCCUGCCAGGACCAGGAGGGGCUGGACAGUCCCCCAGAGGUCAAGCCACAGCCCACCAAGGAGGCGAGCCACACCCAAGAGCCUGACCUCCGCUGUGAGCGCUGUGAUGCCACCUUCCCGACACGCACAGCACUCUGGGCGCACCGCAAGUGUCACCGGGAGCGCCGCCACCGGCGCCGUCGCCGUCAUGAGUGCCCUGAGUGUGGCUCACAGUUCUGGAGGAGCUCGGCACUCAAGAAGCACCGCAGGGCUGAGCAUGAUGUGUGAAGACCCAUGCCAGGCCAGGUGGCUUGUGGAUUAUAGGCAACAGUGGCUCUCCUCCAUGGCAACCAGUGUCUAGUGGAGGUGCACCGGCCAACACUCCAGUGCCAGGCACCUUGAAGGGUGACUGUGCUUCUCUGUUAAGUGAGGUGUCUUGAAAGGAGCCCCAUACACCAGAACACUGUCAUUGCUUGCUCAGUGCUCACCACAAGCCAGCUGACUGAUGGUGUUUGUGUGAGUGCUCUUUACAGUUUGGUUAAAAAUAUACUUAUAUAAAACUUUAAGUAUAAAUACAUAUGUAAUUAAUUUUUGUACAUGAUACUUUACAGUAUUGUAAAAUAUUUUGUAAGAUUUUUUUUUACAACUGACGUAACUUUUAUGUGGUGGUAAACUGAUACCAGAGACUGGUUACAGCCACCCCUGUGCUUCUCUCAUUCCUAUUAUAAAUGAACCCAGUUGUGUUCACACCAACAUCUCUCUUUGCAGAUAUUUGUCUUCUAAUAAUGUGUUCCUUCUGUGAAUACCUCCAGAUGACAUUCUUUUCAAUGAUACCCUUAAGUGUAGCUAGACACUCACCAACACAAGCCAGCACUGUGGUCACUGAGCUGCCACAAGCAAAUGAUGCUGAAUGGUGAAAGAUGUGAAAGGAAUAACAAUAAUAUAAAAACUAGUCUAACAAGGUAUAUUAUAUACAGUUUUCCCAAAAAAUAGACUAAAUCAUAAGAAAAUAUGUUCUACUGUACAUCACAUGGCAGAGAGAGCAGCAGUGGUGGUGGUGGUGGCAGUGGCAAGGUAUUCCAUUCCUUGCCACUACCACCACCACUGGUGAUACUGCAUCACCACUCUGCCAGACUCACCCUUACUCUACCUUGUUUACAACAUUAUCACAGAAUAAAACUUUUUUACUUGAA